CUGUGUGAGAAUCCUGUCAAAGCAGAAUACAAACGGUCAACAUGGACAAAAAACUGAUUUGUGUUCUUUUUCUGAUGGUGCUUGCUGUUGCAAAGAUGGACGCUGGAAACCCUCCGCAAAAUGCGGGUAUGAGACGGGUUGGGAAAAGAAACUCUAGGGUAAUUCAUUUGUUUAAAGUUUGUUACAAACACCUUAUUCAGUGGUUUAACAUGUAACACGCACGUAUGUUUUGCGAGUUGCGCAGCAUUUUCCGAGCCCUGAGGGGGCGAGUAAAAUAGGAACAAUGAGCAACUCAAAUGUCCGCACGUAUUAUACGAUGAACCAUUUAUUAUUCCACUAAGAUUUCACUUUUUAGCUUGUAAAAUUCAUCCUGCGGCCAUAUUUGCGCAUUGUAUCGAUCGUAUAAGGAGUACGCGAACUACAAAAACAACACGAACCGAACCACUUAAGAGUUUCCUAGUGACCAACAAAAAGUAUAUAUCACGCUUAAAAGUUUGUGUCUAUAAAAUUCAAGCCUGAAAAACGAAAAAAAAAAAAGACAAGAAAAAGUUUGGAUUGUUCAGUGCGGCCAUUUUGUUUCUCCGUAUUUUUGCCCUGUCGUACAGUGUGAUACCAUUUGCGCCGCGUUCUCAUUACCUUGUUGGUUGGUGCUAUUUCCGUCUGGUUUUGGUCUCCGUCACUCGUUCGAAAUGCGCUGUAUCAUCCUUGUUUUGUUUCCUACAGUUUCAGCUCAUCAAAGUGAAGAGAGAGUUAUGCGCACGCGCCAGGGCUGCCUGUGACGCGGUGAACGAUGACCGAGACAUCCUGGCCGACUUUGAAACUGAAGAAAUGUGAAGAGGAGACAGAAAGAAAGAAAGAGAGAAAGAAAGAAAUAUGAAGAAAAAAACGGGAAACAAACUUAGACAAUAAUUUUUAAUAGAGCAUAAUGUAAUUCUUUUGUCUUUCAUCAAUGCAUUCGAUGACUAAAUCCUGGGUAUUUAAGGGCCAGGCAUGACUAAUUUACGACAAAAUGCAUUUUUGACUC